AAAAAGAAUUUAAGCGAAGUAAAAUAAUUAUUCAAUUUAUUCCUUAUUUCAGCCAAUCAUAAAAUAUGUCCCUGAAAGACGUGAACACUAAGGCAACUGCUCUGGAGACUAAGCUUGGUGGGAAGCCGUUUCUAGGUGGUGCGAAGCCCUCUGCUGAGGAUGUGAAGCUGUUUAAUGACCUCCUCGGCAGCAACAACCUGAAUGUGUAUCGCUGGGUAAAGAAUAUCGCGACGUUCUCUGAGGCUGACCGCCGCUCAUGGGGUGCACCGGUGAAGGUGAAGCCACUCCCGGAGGCUGGGAACCCUGUCUUUGACAUUCCCACCAAGCCUGCUCCUGCUGCUGAGGUGAAGUCUGCCCCUGUCGCUGAUGUGAAGCCCGCUCCUGCUGCGGAGGAGGAAGACGAUAUUGACCUUUUCGGUGAGGCGACUGAGGAGGAGAAGGCAGCACUGGAGGCAAAGAAAGCUAAGGAUGCGGAGAAGAAGAAGGCAAAGCCUGCUCUCGUGGCAAAAUCAUCGAUUCUGCUCGACAUCAAGGCUUGGGAUGACACAGUUGAUCUUGAGGCACUUGCAGGUAAGCUGAAUGCCAUUCAACGGGAUGGCCUUGUCUGGGGGGAACACAAGCUUGUGCCUGUUGCCUUUGGUGUUAAGAAAUUGCAGCAGCUCAUUGUGAUUGAGGAUGAUAAGGUUUCCGGCGAUGACUUGGAGGAUAUGAUCAUGAGCUUUGAAGAUGAAGUCCAGUCGAUCGAUAUUGUUGCCUGGAAUAAGAUUUGAUGGAAUAUAAAACGUUAGAAUUCUGUAGCAGCGAGUGAUAACGAGAAGUAUGUUAAUGAGGUAAAUAUUCAGAAUAAUAUGAAAUCUGAACUUUUUAUAAAAACUUAAAGAAAAAUUAGGGGUAAAAAGUUAAUAAAUACAAAGCUUACUUAAGCAUAUAAUAGUAAAGGUUGAAUUCUUUAAGCAGCGAGGUAAAAUCAGGAGUGGAUUCAGAUAUUAGUAAGACUGUAAUUCGUAGUUUUU